GUAUGGGUGGCAGCUUAAGAGUUAAGGCUGAUCUGACCAAUCUAAAAAGAUUAUUUCUGCCUGGCUGCGCUGUUUGGAAAGGCGUGAUGCUUAUGCGGAGAAGACAACGUUGACUCGUGCCAACAUUUGACAUUGGCGUUGACUAUGAUCGUUUUGUCUUGCUUGUGUGUAACAGUGUACACUCACAUCAGAAUAUAAGUCAUCAUCAUGGAGAGCUACAUUUUUCGAGAAGCAACUAAACUGGAUGUAGAGACAAUAUACCAAAUUCUUGUAGAAGAUAUUUGCCAGGAAGACGACACAUGGGACCAGGUUAUGAUUUCCAAGAUUGAAUUCAAGGAGCUCUGCUUUGGCUCCGAUAGAUCACUGUAUCCGAUUGUAGUGGAAUAUGCCACGGUGGGAGGUACUAAUGCCAUUGAUAAAGCGAUCGUCGGCUGUGUUAUGUUCACUGUGAUAACUGACUACUUACAUGGCAAGCAGAUCUACAUACAAGGACUCGCAGUUAAGCAUGAACACAGAAAAAAGGCUGUUGGCACAAAACUCGUAGAGACGGCGAUGGAGUUCGGACAAAAACUUGGGUGCAAGUCAGCCUUUGUAUUAAUCGAGCGAGCCAAUUCUGCAUCAAUGAACGUAUUCAAAAAGUUUAACGGAGAAGUCAUAUGGGAGAACUAUAGCAUGGUACACUGCAAGAACAUAGGGAACAUAAUGUGAUUAUAUUAACCCAUUGCUUACUGGAACCGUUUGGUCCCUGUGUCAAGCCUAUGGAAAUUAGAUAAUUCAGUAGUUAGAGGUAGUCAGAUCAGCCAUUUAACGCAAUUGUCGGUACGCUAUAAAAGUAAUAAUGAUUAUAAAAAAUAGGUCUUUACAGUGUAUACUAGUUUUUGUAAUAUCCGUGAACUGUCUAUUUGAAUAUGCUUAUCAUUACUUAAUAUAUUUUCAAAUUACAUUCUUAGUAAUUUGUUUCCUUUUUAUCGUGGUAAAGGGUUACGCUCUUGUAUGUUCGUGUUACCCUCUUAAAACGAACCAAAAGGGAAUACAGAUACAACAUUCCUCGUGUGGGUACAGAUUACUUAAUAAAUUAAAAUCCUGUUUAUGAAUUUGUAUAUUGGUAAUGUCCAAACUGUAUGAUUUUAUGUUCGUACUUGUCUUUCUUUUUAUCAGAAAGCAAUGCAUUAUUUAACUACAAUGAUAUGAAAUUGGUUCAAGUGCUUUUUGAGUAAUAAUAUCAACAUUUUGAUAAACGUUCAUACUCACUUUAAUAAGUAUGAUAUAAGUACAACAAACAGGUUGUAAGAUAUUAGUUUUAUUUAUUGUUUGUUGUUUCCAGAUUUUACAUGAUACCAAUAUUACAAUAUAAAACAAUUCUUUGAUUAUAAUCACACAAAAUACAUUAGAUACAUGUUACAAAUAUAUUAAUUGAUUGAGUUCCUUAACAGCUGUAACUGACAAGAAGACGAAUGUAUUUAUUUGAUAGUUAGAUAUGACAAAUCCAAAUAAAAAGCAAAUCUUGUAAAGAA